GCAAGCAGCAACCACCAUCCCCAUCACCUGUCGCUGCCACAUCCCGCCCUGCUCUGUCCGGAUCCUUCACCACUCGCACCCGACACAUAUAUUCCACCAUGGACUCGCUAGUGGCGCAGUACAGCCAGCCGUCGCACCAGGACGAGGGAUACUCGCACCAUGAGCAGCAGGAGCUCAUGGAAGUGACGCCGCCGCUGUCGCUGAAGUUUGCCCUGCCCCCGGUAGCUCAGCCGGCAUCAUGGCUCCGCGCCAUGACGGACGACUACUCCAACCCCAACUGCCCCAUCAAGAUCGCCCACGGCACCACGACGUUAGGCUUCCGCUUCAAGGGCGGCAUCAUCAUCGCGACCGACUCGCGCGCCACGGCCGGCAACUGGAUUGCCAGCCAGACGGUCAAGAAGGUCAUCGAGAUCAACAGCUGCCUGCUGGGCACCAUGGCAGGAGGCGCCGCUGACUGCCAGUACUGGCUCGCGUAUCUGGGCAUGCAGUGCCGGCUGCACGAGCUCCGCCACAAGCGCCGCAUCUCCGUCGCCGCGGCAUCCAAGAUCCUCGCGAACCUGGUGUACUCGUACAAGGGCAUGGGCCUGAGCAUGGGCACCAUGUGCGCGGGCGUAACGCCGCAAGAAGGCCCCGCGCUCUACUACAUCGACAGCGACGGCACACGCCUAGCAGGCAACCUCUUCUGCGUGGGCUCCGGGCAGACGUUCGCGUACGGCGUCCUCGACGCCGAGUACACGUACGAGCUGUCGGACGAGGCGGCGCUGGAGCUGGGCCGCCGCAGCAUCCUCGCUGCGACGCACCGCGACGCCUACUCGGGCGGCUACAUCAACCUCUACCACAUCAAGGAGGAUGGCUGGGUCAAGCACGGCUUCAACGACACGAACCCCAUUUUCUGGAACACGAAGCUCGAGAAGGGCGAGUUCUCUAACGUUACCGCUGACUUGGAGUAAGUAGGUUGGCUGCGUGGCGUGGCGUGGAGGAGGGAGAUGGGCUAGGCUGUGUGGGGGGUUCGUACGGUACGGGCGCGUAGAGAUGCUGCAUGUAAUCGUUUAUGACUGCGCUGGGAGUACUGCUACGCUACUACUAGCUUCAAUAGAAGAGAGGUUAGCACGACCACCAUGCCCAGAAAGCGAGAAAGCGAGAUUGUGGCAUGUUUUCUUGUGUCCUGCCUGCCUGCU